CCAGCUGCCCAGAGAGGGCAUGGAGUCUCCCUCCCUGGAGAUACUCCAGAAGCAUCUGGAUGCAAUCCUGUGCCAUGUGCUCAGGGAUGACCCUCACUCAGCUGGGAGGGUGGACCAGAAGACCCUGCUGUGUUCCCUUCCAACCUGACCCGUUCUGUGUUUCUCAGACUUUGUGACAGAUGAAAGUGGCAACAGGCUCAUGGGCGACCGGAAAGAGAAAUGCAGCAAAAUCAAACUGUGGGCGGGUGCAGAGAGCGGGCGGCAGCCCGCAGGCGCUGAGCGGAGCAUGGCUGGCCAAGGAAGAGCAGUACAAGCGACUGAAUGCAGAAUUAGAAGCCAAAACAGAAAAACUGGUGCGUCAGGCUGAAGAACUGAUGAAAGGCCAACAGAAGAUACUAUCUCAGCCAGUUUCAGCACAGAGUAAGUCACCUGAAGAUGACAGACAGAGACAUCCACUCUGUCCCGAAGUUUCAUCUCUUACACACUCGCUUGCAAAGGUAGAAAACAAGAAGAAAUUUCCUUCUGUGCCCACAGCUCAGAACAGACCAUACUCUGCAAGUAAGGGAAAAAGAACAACUUCAAGUUCAAAAAUAAGAAAUGUGGAAGUGCAAAGUGCUGAUGGUGUUGCAGUACUGGAAGAUUGCAUAGGUUUUUCUUUAACAAAAACAAUUAGCAAAGUUGAAGAAAGACUAAAGAAAGGAGUCUUACCAGACUGUCAAGAUGAUGAUAUUUUUCCAAGGGCUGGAAAUGAAAUGGGAGCAGAAGCUCAAAUCAGAUUUCUUAAGGCAAAAUUACGUGUGAUGCAGGAAGACCUGGCAAAUAUAGUGUUUGAAUGCAGGAAAAAGGAUGAUGAAAAUCGGAAUUUGGGAACUCGGCUUAAAGAUACUGAGGAAGAAAACUCAAGACUGCAACGAACAAUCAGCCUGCAGCAGUCUCAGAUUGAGAAGUACAAAAUGUUGUCACAAGAAGCAAACAAAAAAACUGAAGGGUUACAACAAGAGGUCACUGCACUAGAAAAGGAAUUGGAGAGUCUAAAGCGUGCCCAGAAGCAGGCUGCAGCCACGCAGAGUGCAACAGAGGUUCGUUUAAACAGGGCCUUGGAAGAGGUGGAGAAGCACAAAGGGGAGCUGAAUAAACUGAAGCAAAGCAACAAGGAUGUAGCUAACCAAGAACUCAAAACGAUCGAAGAGUUAAAAACAGAAAACAAGAAACUGCAGAAACAAAAAGGAGAGCUAAUUACAGGUUUUAAAAAGCAGUUAAAGUUAAUUGAUAUUUUGAAGAGACAAAAGAUGCACAUUGAAGCUGCCAAGAUGCUUUCUUUUACCGAAGAGGAAUUCAUGAAAGCUCUUGAGUGGGGAAAUUAUUGAUCCCAUUAAAUAACUUCUGUUUGAAA